AUGAGUGUGAACGUCACAUCGCCGGAAUAUAUAGCCGGGGGGCCGGCUGCUGAGGUUGUUGUCUCCAAUGGUUUAGUCAAUACCGUAAUCCAAUUUCUUAGUUCAAUGUCGUGGUUACAAGUAGUGGUUACCGCUAUUGUUUUAGCAGUGAGCUAUGAUCAAGUUAGUUAUCAACUUCAAAAAGGUUCUAUUGCCGGACCCAAAUAUAAGAUAUGGCCCAUCAUUGGCCCAUUUCUUGAGUCGUUAGACCCCAAGUUUGAAGAAUAUAAAGCCAAAUGGGACAGUGGGAAGCUUUCAUGUGUUCUGAUUUUCCACAAGUUUGUUGUCAUUGCCUCUGACAGAGAUUUGAGUCGUAAGAUUUUUCAAUCUUCCAAAUACGUGAAACCUUGUGUUGUUGAUGUUGCAGUUAAGAUCUUACGUCCUUCCAACUGGGUGUUUCUUGAUGGUAAAGCUCACACCGAUUAUCGCCGUGGAUUGAAUGGAUUAUUUUCUCAAAAGGCUUUGGAAAUCUAUAUCCCCGUCUUGGAAAAGAAUAUGGAUCAAUAUUUGGAAAAGUUUCUUGAGUAUGAUAGUCCAAGAGAAUUCUUCCCUGAGUUCAGAGAAUUGUUGUGUGCCUUAUCGUUAAGAACCUUCUGCGGUGAUUAUAUCACCCAGGAACAAGUGGCAGAAAUCGCAGACAACUAUUAUAGGGUCACCGCUGCUAUGGAAUUGGUCAACUUCCCCAUCAUUAUCCCAUACACUAAGACUUGGUAUGGUAAAAAAAUUGCUGACGAAACCAUGAAGGUGUUUGAGAAAUGUGCUGCCAAAUCGAAGCAAUACAUUAACGAACAAAAUGGUAAACCCCAAUGUGUUAUGGAUGAAUGGAUCUAUUUGAUGAAGCAAGCUCGUGAACAACAAUCUGAAGACCCUGAAUCCAAAUUACUUGUCAGAGAGUUUUCAAACAAAGAAAUCUCCGAAGUCAUUUUCACUUUCCUCUUUGCUUCUCAAGACGCUUCUUCUUCUCUUGCAUGUUGGUUGUUCCAGAUUGCAUCCGAUCGUCCAGAUGUCGUUGCUAAAAUUAGAAAGGAGCAAUUGGAAGUGCGUAACAAUGAUCCUUCUGUCCCUCUUUCCCUUGACUUAAUUAACAAGAUGACCUAUACUAAUGCCGUGGUUAAGGAAACAUUGAGAUAUAGACCUCCUGUUAUUAUGGUUCCCUAUAUGGCUAAACAAAACUUCCCUGUCACCGAUUCUUAUACUGUUCCUAAAGGUGCCAUGGUUAUUCCUUCUGUUUACCCGGCUCUUCAUGACCCUGAAGUGUACCCUGACCCUGAUUCAUUCAUUCCAGACAGAUGGUUGAACGCCACCACGGAUAUGGAAACUCGUAAUUGGUUAACCUUUGGUACCGGUCCACAUUUGUGUCUUGGUCGUAUUUAUGUUCUCAUGUUGUUCACGGGAAUGUUGGGUAAGUAUGUCUUGAAUGCUGAUUUGGUUCAUCAUAAGACGGAAUUGUCUGAAGACAUUAAAGUUUUCGCCACCAUUUUCCCUAAGGAUGAUUUGAUUAUGGAAUGGCAUAGACGGGAGCCUACUGCAGCUUAA